AUGCGUCUUUUCGGCAUCACUCUGGUUUCAGCCGCUCUGGCUGCUGCUCAGAGCAGUACAUCCACUUCGUCUAGUGCUUCACCGUCCAACACCUCGGAACCGUGUGCUCUCGCUAGCCAACUCGCCGAUGAGAAUCAGGUCAUCCCAGCCCAGACCGCCUAUGAGUGCUUAAAAUCCGUCCCAGUGGCCGUGGAGCAAGAUAAGACACUCAUUGAUCAGCUCAAGGUCCUGUGGGAGUGGCAUUCGGAGACUGGUUAUCUGAAGAACACCCCCGAAUCAUGGGAACUGGGCUCCGUUGACCUCCUUGGGGAAUUGGACAAGAUCAAAGAGAACCUUUCCUCCUACGACAGUGAAUACGACGUGCAACUCGCGAUCAACAAGUUGACCCUGAAGACAGGCAACUUCCAUUUCAACUAUGUGCCCGAUAUUCUCCAAGUCUUCUUUUUUGGACGUUUGAUUCCCGUGACCACCGUCUCAGAGGACGGAACCAGUGUGCCAGAAACCUAUGCUGUCGCGGAUCUUGUGCAGAAAGACUCCGACGAUAGCAUUGAGAUUUCCCCAAUCGCUAAAAUCAAUGGCGAAGACACGCAAACGUAUCUGAACAAGAUAGCCGCCCAGGAGCAGUACAUCGACCCCGACGCCCGGUAUAACAGCCUCAUGUGGAGGGGUAACGCAGCCGCCUCAGUGGGCAGCUUUGUUAACAUUGGUCUGGGCAUUUAUGAAGGAGCAACGACGAAUAUCACUUUUAAAAACGAGACCACUCGUGUUAUCAAGAACUACGCCGAGGUACGUCAAAACUUAACGGCAGUAACCAGUGGGAAGUCGUUCUUCGAAGAACUCUGCACCGGUAGCUUUGCUGGCAUCGAGGCAAUGACCACCUCCAUGAAGAAAACGCCCUACAAGGGAGCUCCUCAUCACUGGAAAAGGCAAAGCAUCCCUAGUGACGGCUACCCCAAGCCGGUUGUUGAACACAGCGGUGGUAUGGUCGCAGGUUACUUUAUGAACGGAUCUGAUUUCGAAGACGUCGCUGUCCUCAAGAUUGUUACCUUUGACACAUCCUCGGACGAGAGGGGGGAUGCUGCUGUUGAGUUCCAGGAUGUUGUGAAGCAGUUUUUGGGCAAUUGCACAGAUGCGGGCAAGAAGAAGCUCGUCAUUGACCUUCGGGAGAACGGUGGAGGUGACACCGACCUUCUUCUCGAUACUUUCAUGCAACUUUUCCCUGGUGAAGUGCCGUUUAGUGCUCAGAGAUAUCGCGCGCAGGAGCAGUACAAGCUCAUUGGUGAAGCUAUUAAUUCGGUUUAUGAGGAUCAAUCUGUGCAGUCAUCGAUCAAAAAGGCUACUGGAGAGAGUUUCGCCGAUGUUGGCCUUGUCAGGUAUUGGGCUUACUGGAACUUUGUCGAUGUUAAUGGCGAUAACUUUAAAUCAUGGGAUGAGUUCUACGGCCCUCACAAGUACAAUGGUGAUGAAUUCACCACUAUCAUGAGGUACAACAUGUCCAACAGCAACCCAGUCAGCAUCCGGGAUCAGACGGGCUUCAAAUUCCUGAACCCUCCCGCCGGAGACCCCCCGUUUGCGGCGGAAAACAUCGUCAUGCUUUCUGACGGUCUUUGCGGAUCCUCCUGCGCUUCAUUCCACGAGGAGCUGAAGAACAUUGCCGGUGUCAAAGCCAUUGCCGUUGGUGGUCGUCCCCAGGAGGGUGCCAUGCAAACCAUUGGUGGCUCUAAGGGGGGAGAGGUCAUUCCCCUGUACACUAUUCCCAUUUCUUUGCAGACAAUGAUGAACCUCACCGCUCCCUUGGGCAUUGAUACCCUCGACGACAACUCUCUCACAAAUCUUGCCAACCCCGACGUGCUUCUCACUCGUGCCGGCGAUUCCAGCAGUCGUAUUCAGGUUCAAGACCAGAUCCGCAAGGGUGAUGAAUCAGGCACCCCGCUUCAGUACAUCUAUGAAGACGCUGACUGCCGUAUCUUCUACACCACCAAGAUGCUGCUCGAACCUGAAAGCGCAUGGGAAGCUGCAUGGUCAGCCUACACAGAUGACAGCAAGUGCGUCAAGGAUUCCGCCAAGAAAUCAUCCAGUAUUAGCGGCGGAUAUAAGCCGUUUGGUCCUGGUGAUCUUAACGGUAAGCAGUCGGAGAAUAGCACCUCCUCGUCGUCCGACAAGGAUAAGGAGAAUGCUGCCCCUGCUUGGAGACCCAGCCUUGCUAUCUGUGCCGCGGCUACAGUUAUCAGCUUCCUUCUUUAG